GACCUGUGGAGCUGCCGGCGCAGUGCUGCUGUAACUGGCGCUCGAGUGAGUGCGGAAGGUGGUGACGGGAAAACUGGGAGAAUCAGCGAAUACGGAAGAAAAACUGAGUGAGUCUGAACUGAGAGGUUUUAUCAACACCUGAUGUAGGCCGCCAAACCGGAAUCAAAAACUCGCCGAAGCGCGUUUGCAGCAAAACGGGAUAACGGCUGUAGGCCGAAGGCGGUGAUAGGCCCCUGUUAUCGCCGCCAUCUUUAUUGGGGGCAAGGUGCAACAGUGCACGUGAUUCUUGUGCGGAGGGACGGGGCGAUUUGAAGAGCAGUAUUUACAUAGUAAACUGAAAUCAGGAGAAAUGUUCGUCUUUUCUAAGUUUCCGUCCUGGACCAAUAGUGAAUCUUCUUUUGUGAGUUCGUUUACAGGUUAUUAAUUGAGAAAAUUGUGCAGACUGGGAUCUCAAAACAUGCUCUGACAGAGGAGUCAUCAGGAUCUGAAUAUCAUUGGCAUUUAACUGUGGAAGGAAAAAGUUAGAGACUUCAAAUUAAACCACAUCCAGAUCCAACAGUCACUGUGUUUAUCAUAACCAGUUUUGAACAUGGAAGGAAAAUGCACUGUUCACACUGGAGAGAAACACACAUCAUGUGUGUGUGGAAGCAUCUGUGAAGUUUCAUCUGAAAUGUCCAAAGGCCAGUGCAGUCACACUGGGGAGACACUGUUAAUAUGUGGAGAUUGUGGGAAAGGAUUUUUUUAUCCAUCCCAUCUGGAAACUCAUGAAAACAGUCACACUGGGGAGAAGCCAUUCAUCUGUUUUGAUUGUGAGAAGGGAUUCACUCUGUCAUCCGACCUGCAGAUAGACCAACCGGUUCACACCGGAGAGAGACCAUUCACCUGCUCCGAUUGGGGGGAGACAUUUGCACACUCAUCCAACCUGCUGACAGACCAGGAAGUUCAUUCUGGGGACAGACCAUUCAUGUGUUCAGAGUGUGGAAAAGGAUUUGUGCAGUUAUCCAGCCUGCAGACACACCAGCGAAUUCACACUGGGGAGAGACCAUUCACCUGCUCCGAUUGUGGGAAAGGAUUCACUUGGUCAUCCAGCCUGCUGAUGCACCAGCGGGUUCACACUGGGGAGAGGCCGUUCACCUGCUCCGAUUGUGGAAAGGGAUUUACUCGAUCGUCUAUCCUGCAGAUACACCAGCGGAUUCACACUGGGGAGAGACCAUUCACCUGCUCCAAUUGUGAAAAGUCAUUCACUUCAUCAUCCAGCCUGCAGAUACAUCAGAGAGUUCACACUGGGGAGAGACCAUUCAUUUGCUGUGAUUGUGGAAAGGGAUUCUCUUCGUCAUCCAACCUGCAGGUACACCAGCGACUUCACACUGGGGAGAGACCAUUCACUUGCUCCGUGUGUGGGAAAGGGUUCACUCAGUCGUCGAAACUGUUGGAACACCAGGGAGUUCACACUGGGGAGAGACCGUUCAUCUGCUCCCAGUGUGGGAAGGGAUUCACUUCAACAUCCAGCUUGCUGAAACACCAGCGAAUUCACACUGGGGAGAGACCAUUCACCUGUUCUCAAUGUGGAAAAGGAUUCAUUUGCUCAACUAAACUACUGGAACACCAGCGAGUUCACACUGGGGCGAGACCAUUCACCUGUUCUGAAUGUGGAAAAAGAUUCACUUCAUCGUCCAACUUGCUGGAACACCAGCGAAUUCACACUGGGGAGAAACCAUUCACCUGCACCAAUUGUGGGAAGGCAUUUACCAAAUCAUCCCACCUGCGGAGACACGAGCGAAUUCACACUGGGGAGAAACGGUCACUCAGUCAACUUCCUUGCUGAUGCAACAGCCUGCUUACUAUAUGGAGAGACUGUUCGAUUGUUCUGUAUAUGGUAAUGAAUUCCUUCUGUCAUCCAAAUUGUUAACAUACUGGUGAAAUGACACUGGAUGAAUCCCGUUCACCUGCUGUGUUUGUGUAAGAGGCUUUGCUGUUUGCUAACAUUCUGGCAAUUUCACGAAGAAUAACAGGUGAAGGGUUUUUCUUUUACUCAGACCAAUUACUGAGUGCCGGUCAUUGGGACAUUUGUAUUGGUGUUAUUAACUUACGAUCUAUUAAAAGGUACUGGUAUUGUAGAUAAAAUGCUGAUAAAAUUGUGUAUCUGUAGGAUACGUUUUGCAAGCAAUCACAAUGUCGCUGUAUGUCAACACAUUUACGCUGGGUACAGACUGUCCACCUGCAUAUUGUUUGUGAAGUGAUUUUGUGGUUCAUCUGGAUUGGUUAAACAACAAUGAUUCCCCUCUUUUCAGUAUUGGAUUUAAAUACUAUUGCUUUCUGCAUCCAAACCAUGCUUUCUGGCUUUAUUUCUCAUGAUGUUUGCAAACACUAGAGGUUCAAUUACUAUUUUGGGAUAAAAAUGAUCCAAAGCAGCUUUUUGUUAAACUAUGAUGCAUCAAAUCUUUGUCUCAUUCUGAUUGCCUUAGAGAUAAGAUAAUCACUUGGGUCUGUGGGACAAGAUGUGGAACAUGUGGAAGUCGAGAGGGGCAGACCGUAGGCAAAUUUGAAAACAAGGGUGAGGAUUUUAAAAUUGAGGCAUUACUGAACAAGGGGCCCUUAGAUGUUUUUAAAUAUAUUUCUUCGUGGGAUGUCGGCAGUGCUGCCUGGAUCAGCACUUAUUUCCCAUCCCAGGUGCUCUGGAGCAAGUGCUGCAUGUGGACAUGUCUACGAUCUUUGACGGCCCAGUGCAGAGGGGACUGGGCAAGUCAGAGGAUCUUCUGUCAGUUUAGGAUCAGUGAAAUCAUGCUUGACAAAUCUACUGAAGUUUUCUUUGUCGAUUUGGCCAGUGGAACUGGUUGAUUUUUGGUCAUUUUGAUUUUCCAGAAGCUUUUGAUAAAAUCCCACUGAAGAGCUUAAUUUAUAAAAUCAAAGUAGACAGGACUGUUGGGAAUAUAUUGAUGUGGAUUGAGAAUUGGUUAGCAGACAGGAAACUCUGAGCAGAAGGUUGGAGUACAUUGUAACCUCGAUUAUCCGAACAAAAAAGGCAGGGAGUAUUUUGUUCGUAUAAUCGAAUGCCGGAUAUCACAGUUUAGCCAAGCAUUGGACCUUGCGAUCUUGUUUGGAUAACCCAAAAUUCAGAUAAUUGAGGUUCCUCUGUUUUGACAAGGUUUUGACAAGUCGGGCACCACAAGGAUCAGUGUCCUUCGACCCCAGCUAUUCAAAUCAUACAUCAGUGAUGAGAGAAUCCAA